GCCAAUUUCUAAUGUAAACACUACCAAUCAUUGUAGUUGUACGAUUCUUAUUAUAAACAAUAUUUUGUUCACUCAACGCAAUCUCAAAUGUCUUGUAUGAAAAGAAUUUUUACGCCGAAUAAGUUGAGUUACACAUCCCGAGAUGUUCUGGAGGGGUCAUCCUAGUUCAUACGUGUUGCCACCUGAUGGCUACAGUAUUCAACAGUAUUUGUCGAUUCGGAAAAUGAGAUUUAAUAAGGAUAAAGUCGCGAAUACGUUCUGAAUAUCGUUCUAAAUACCGAUUCCUUCAAGGAUAUCCUCACUCUAAAACAGAUUUCUACUGUAAAUAUUUGCCCAGAAAAAUAAAAAAUCUUUGGUUUCUUUUUGUGAAAUAUUUUUGUUUUCACAACUCUGAAUAUGAAUAAAGGAAUCGUCGUAUGUAGUAUAUUCUUGUUACUUUACGUCGAGGCAAGUAACGACGCGAAAUCAAGCAAAAAGAAAUCAUGGCGAGAGAAAGAUAUACGAGAUAUGACCGAAGCAGAUUUAGAGCAUUUGCUAGACCAGUGGGAGGAAAACGACGAACCUUUGGAACCGGAUGAACUACCGGAACAUCUCAGACCAAGUCCAAAAAUUGACAUAUCAAAGAUUAAUAUGUCAAAUCCUGACAAUGUACUCAAAGUGACUAAAAAAGGUAAAAGUGUCAUGAUGUUUGUGGACACUAUAGAGGAUAUUUCAGUAGAAGAAGCUGAAGUAAUAAUGAAAAUCUGGCACACUAGUUUUCAGAAUAAUCAUAUUGCUGCCGAAAGAUACCCAAUUGAUCAAAAAAGAUCUGUAUUCUUAUUUCGAGAAGGUUCCCAAGCUGUAGAUGCAAAAAAUUAUUUGCUGCAACAGCCAGAAUUGUCUCAUAUUACUCUUGAAGGGCAUACCUAUUACAGAGAUCCACAAAAACAGGGCAAAACUAUGCCAAAACUUAACAAGGUUGUAAACACCCAAAGUACAAUGGACGAGAAACAGAGAAAAGCAGAGUUAUAAAUUGCUAUAAAUAUACAUUCUUUAAAGACACAAAAUAUAUUGUUUGUAUAUUUUUAUACAUUGUAAAUAAUUAUAAGCAAAUCUAUAAGCAAACGCGUAUAGAACCAUUUUUGAUAUAAGUGUUUUCUUCGGUUUACAGAAACAGAUUUAUAAUUACUUGUAUAUACACCUUUUGUAAUUCCAUUUAAUACUUUGUAUAAAAAAAGAAUAUCGACUAAAUUGCAAUAUAAAUAAUUAAUUCUACUUUAUUCCACUUGAACCGUUGUACAAUAUUAAUGACGCGAUUAACAUUAUUAAAGCAGCAGCAAUGAGAAUAACAAUUAACAAUAUUAGUUUCUAUCAAAAACAAUAUAACAUUUCGUUACUUUUACCUAAUUACAAAAUAGAAGCAAGAGAGAACGAUAUUACGUAUUACAUGUUAAUAGAUAUGUUUAAUUUAAUAAAUUGUAACACAAAGUUUACCCA